UGUCCUGUUCUUACCUAUAGUAAAAUUCAACUUGUUUGAAGAGGCUUUAAAUCACGAAUAAUCAUUGAAGAAAAUUCAAGUCUUAGUUCUUUGGGAGGAUAUAUUAGCAAAUGCUUUUAGCAAACUGCAAUACAUCAUUCUUUCUUUCCUUCUUGUCUUGUGGAAGCCUCAGUUGUCAGGAUUUAGAGACUGUUUUCAUGUAUGACCAACCCUGUUAUAAAUAGGAACUGUGUCUUGUGUGACAGAGAACAGGUUCAGCACUAUCUGAGACCCAGUAGGUUGUGCCCUUUGUAGCAUGCUUUGCUGCAUUUAGACCUUCAGAUUCAAAAAUAAAAAAUAAAAAGAAAAAGAAGAGCUUUUUGCAAUGGCCACCUUAAAUGCUGAUUCUGUAUGACAUUGAAAUCUCGGUAUUUGCACUGGCCAGUUGGAAAGUUCUUAUAUUCUUUCCCAAGCAUUCUACCCAGUGACAAGGCAAUCUGAUAUGUUCUAUCAGCUCGUGGCAUGUGGAUUUGAGGAGCAUACUUUUAGCUUCGGCUCAGAUAUUUAAUCUAAGGUUCAUCAGGGUAUUGUCAUUGCCUAAGCUUUGUUUUCCACUGAGCAGAUGAUUCUUAAUAUCUGCUAUGACUCUGGACUGCAAUAUUCAAUGAUUGACUUGGUCUCUCUGAUGUCUGGAUCAAGGAGUCAGCAUCAGCAAAGGCAGCAUUUGGUGUAAUCUUCAUAGUGAAGAAGAUUUGUGAUGAGUCCUGGUGAUGAUAUGUCUUAUGCUGCAUGAGUAAUAGAUUGACAGAUUGGUUAUUUUGGAAGUUGGAAAAUGUUUUUCUGGCUUCUUGCAGGGUUUCUAUUGAUGUUAAUGUUGAUGCCUGACUGACUGAGUAGUGGAAACAACCAUCUCUUUUUAGUAGUGCCUUGGUCUGGUUUAACUGAUGUGAUUCUGUUUGUUUUAGAAAGAGCAGUAAGAUGGAAGAGGAAAACUGGUAUAUUUGUUUUAAAUUGGUAAUACAGAUUGUGGGAAAUUGAGAUUGGAAGUCUCCUAUUUUGACAGAUGUGAAAAGCACAAUCUCCAGACUAUUCUGUUCUGUUUAAUAAUCCUUACAAUAUCAAACACUCGUUGAUGCCUUUAUCCACUAUAAAAAGAGACAGUAAGU